GACGACCAAUCAGAGCCUCCCUACAGAGACGCACCUGAGUAGCUGCCAGAGCUCGAGGCGGUGCCGGCUGUAUAAAACCCCGGGACCCACACGCUCCUCACCCAGCACCAGUCUUCCUCCAGCCGGACCUACACCUCCACGUUCCGCAGCCAUGCACCUGAGCGCGUACGAGUCGUGGCACUCCCUGGUGGUCCUGUGCGUCCUGCUGAGGAGCUGCCAGGCCCUGAAGAACGACGCCACGGAGCUGCUGUUCUCGCACGUGAGCGCGCCGGUUCCGGAGGUCCAGAGCAACGUGACGCUGAACCGCGCGCGGAACGGCGGGAGAGGAGGCGCGAGCGGCGGGGCGCACGAGAGAGGAGAACGAAGCCAGAUCGGAUGCAGAGAGCUGCGGUCCACGAAGUACAUCUCCGACGGCCACUGCACCAGCAUCAACCCCAUCAAGGAGUUGGUGUGCACCGGUGAGUGUCUCCCAGCUCAGAUGCUUCAAAACUGGAUCGGCGGCGCCUACACCAGGAAGCUGUGGGGUCGCCGAGGCGGCAACCAGGACUGGCGCUGCGUCACCGACAAGACACGCACCCAACGCAUCCAGCUGCAGUGCCAGGACGGCAGCACGAGAACGUACAAAAUCACUGUGGUCACCUCCUGCAAGUGCAAGAGGUACUCCAGCAAGCACAACGAAUCGGGCAACAAGUUCGAGGAGCCGGCGCUGACGCCGCCGCAGCUCCUGCACAAGCACAAGUCCAAGAGCAAGAGGAGGAUGGGGAAGAACCGGUUGAGUGAGAACUGGCACGAGACUGAACCCUGAGAGCCGGCAGGCACCCAGACUCUGAAUCCACAUGAACCCUGCAGGAGUUUUGUCUCGGUGAUUUUGGGACAUCACGUCCAGAGCUGUGGAUUAUCUCUCAGUGUGACCGGGACUUGAUUUAGGUGAAGCUGGUUCCUCACUAUGACGGAGAACUCCAAAUGGGCAUGCUGGGGAACUUUUUCUCUCGACAUUUGAAUCCAUGUGGUUUAAGACAAUCUGAACAGUCUGCAGAGCUUCCUGGAGUCAACUCACAUUGUCCCUGAUGUAGCCAUGUGCAUGUGUUCCUAUACUCAUUUAAUAAGCAGAUGGAGAUCUGCAGGCAAACCCCGACACCAGUACAACAACGACAAACAUCUCCAUAAAUCCUGUAAAUACUUGUACAUUUAUCAAAUUCUUACCCGCCUGUUGAAGUAUGGCCAUGUGUAUAAAAUGCUACUACGUAAGAUUUAUGAUGUAUGAUGUAAUAUAUUUUCUGUGCCGACAUAUAAUAUGAUAAUACGUUUUUUGUUUAAGAGGCGUCAGCAUGUGGGUGAAAUCUGGAAAAAUCUUUUUCAUCAAUAUGUCUUGUAAUAACUUUAUAUGAAAUAAAUAUUCACUUUUUAUCACAUG